GCGGCCAUUGGACGGCGGUGACGACAAUCCUGGCCCGAGCUCCCGCCCACCGAGCGGAUCAAGUUUGAAUGAACAACAGCAGCCUAUUCUGGAGGUGGUAGUUGCAUUUGCAGUAAUUAUUAAAAGUGUGUAUCAUCUAACGGGUGCGCGCUGAUCGAGGAUGGACAUGAAGAGAAGAAUUCACCUAGAGUUGCGGAACCGCACUCCGUCAGACGUCAAAGAACUUGUUCUAGACAACUGUCGCUCAAACGAAGGAAAGAUCGAGGGUUUAACGGACGAGUUCGAGGAGUUGGAGUUCCUAAGUACAAUCAACGUUGGUCUGACGACAGUUGCCCACUUGCCCAAGUUAAAUAAACUCAAAAAGCUCGAGCUCAGCGACAACAGGAUCUCAGGAGGGUUGGAAGUUCUGGCAGAGAAGUGCCCCAACCUCACACAUCUCAACCUCAGCGGAAACAAGAUUAAAGACCUCAGCACAAUAGAACCAUUGAAAGAACUGGGGACCCUGAAAAGCCUAGAUCUGUUCAACUGCGAAGUGACAAACCUGAACGAAUACAGAGACAACGUGUUUAAGCUACUACCCCAGCUCACAUACCUGGACGGGUACGACAAAGGCGACAAAGAGGCGCCGGAUUCUGACGCUGAGGUCUACGCAGAGGGCUUGGAUGAUGAAGAGGAAGAUGAAGAUGAUGUAGAUGAAGAGGAGUAUGAUGAAGAUGCAGCUCCAGGAGAUGACGAGGAGGAUGAAGGCGAAGAAGAUGAAGAAGAGAAUGAAGAGGAGGAGGAGGACCUCAGUGGAGAGGAGGAAGAGGAGGAAGAUUUGAAUGACCGGGAGGUUGACGAUGACGAGGAUGAGGAAGAGGAGCGAGGUCAGAAGAGAAAAAGGGACUUGGACGAGGAAGGCGAGGAGGACGAGGACGAUUGAGAGUGCUCCCGAGUUGUGAACUGUUCUCAAACGUGUAUCUCCCAGUCACUUCCCAACAGCCCCACAUAUUUUUUUCCUCGGUUUCAUAUUGCAGUAGGAGUGGUUUUUGUUAUUGGCCAGUCAGGUAGACGGGGUGUCUGGAGAAACAAGUUAAACUUCUGUACCUUUGAUGCUCCCAUGUUUCAGUCUCUACUGUCCACUUUUAACCACUUUGUGGACACCAGUUUUGUAAUAUCAAAUAUAGCAAAGAUAAACCUUUUUAAGACUUGUGUUUGUUUCUCACUGUUUGUGUAAGACGAGUUUCUGAUGUAUUUUAAGAGCCCCUUCAAAUGAAAAAACAAAAUGAAUUAAAAAAAGAGUGCAUGUCUAAUACAUUUUAAAGUCAACUACUGGAUUCCAUGUAUUGCUGUCCUCUCCUCUCCUCUCCUUGUCUUAAACUUAUUUUUGCAUUGUACUUUGUUUGUUUUCUUUUUUUUUUAUGUAAGUUAUGUAUUUGUAGUGUCACCAGUAUGCCAAUACUCUGCUGUCCUGGUGUGGAACCUCUGUCUGAAUGUGCACAGUGUGACUCACACGGGGCAUAUUUUUGAAACCUAGCAGAAAAAUGUCUGCCCUUGUCAAAGCCGCUCCUCCUCCUUCAACCCUCAGCUUUGAUAGUUCGGAAAUUACGUGUUCUAUUGUAAAUAAUGACCAAAUCUAUUUUUUUGUAUUCUCUUUGAUGACGGCAGACAUUUAAACAGACGACUGAGGUGAAACUAUGAAUUGUAAUAAGAUAUUAAAUAUGUAUGCUGCUUUAUCUAAAAUACGCAGUGUGAAAUUUCUUGAAUUUGAAGAUAACUUUGUAUUCAUCAUCUUUCCAUGAAGAGAAAAGUUUGACAUCUGAGCUCGUUAUCGCUAUUUUUUCCACGUUCCUUUGUGACACACAGGUGGCAAUGUUUGAAUUUGUGGUGGUAGUGUAGAGAUGUACUCGGUAUACAAGGAGGGUACAAGCUCAACGUAUGUGCAUUUAAAAUUUAUUGUUUUGAAGUGUGAGCUAUGGUGAACAGCCAGUUACUGGACUCUGUCUCCACUAGUGCGCGCAGCGGUCAAAUCGGCCUUUACCUCAGUGAUUUUUCACUCUGUUCAGUCCACUGUCCUCAGCCAAAUUCGGUUUCUUUUCCCCCUCCCUUUCACUUCAAUAAAUCCCUUUUUAUAUA